GGUGAUGUAUCGAAGAAUAUACUGAGCUUUCUUAAGCCUUAGCAACGGCUGGCAUUGUGUCAGCAAAAUAAAAAAGACAAGCGUGAAAAAAAUGUAACUUUUCACUUGAUUUUUUUCUCAGACAGAAUUUUGUGGACUUAUCUAUUUUGUCUAUCUGGUGCUUUUUAUUUGGUUAUUUUUAGUCGUGAUCUAUAAAUCCUUGAAAUAUACACUGGAUUAUUUAUUGCAACAUAACGUCGGAAAAGUGUUGUUAUCUUCAAGUCUUUAAAAGUGUCAUUAGAAGAUCAUAAGCAAGUCGUACUACUUUACAGGUACUUGAGUAUAUUUUAACAUUUUGACAAGCAUAUAUCUUAACGUACAAAGUUUACACCCUUAAGAUAUCAUAAGCUUUGAGUUUAUAAAAUUUAUAAGCCUUCUAGACAUAACACUGAAGAAAUAUGACAUCCCGAACACCACCUCCUCAGAAUUACCCUAGAUUUGAUAGUGAACCUAAAGAACGCAUUGCCGAAAACUCCAAUAAACGCGAUAACAAUGGUACAAAUGCAAACAAAACGACGAACGACCAAUCAAAGCCAGGCGGUAAUAAUAGCAAUACUACAAUCGAAAAUAAACCGGUGAAUAGAGGAUAUAGGCCUAUACCUACCGAAAAUUAUAGUGCUUUGUUUGAUAUAGAAUAUAUCCACGUGCCUUAUGUAAAGAAAAAGGAAACGGUAGAGGAAAAGAAUUUGAAUGAUGCGAACGGAAGUUUAGAUAAAGAAAAUAAACGUGAAAUAAAUACUGCAAAUAGAAAAGAUUCUCCUGGUUUAAAAAGUGAGAAAGACAAUUCAGAGAUGGCUUAUGAAGGACGGAGGGUAGAACAAUUGGAACAGAAGAAUAAACUUCACUCAGCCAAAAUCCAUGACCUAGAACAUGAGCUCAGGAAAGUAAAACUCGAGAAUGAUAUGAUCAAAGGACAUUUUUCUGAACAUGAUGGGCCACAUUCGCAUAACGGACAUUCAGACAGAGAUACCCGUUAUAACCCAGACAGAGAUGCCCGUUAUAACAGAGGUCCUGAAAGAUAUGAGGAAAGAUCUGAGCCGCGGUAUCCCGAUCCAUAUGGUCAACGACAAGAACAGGCACCACCAGGUCCACCACCUGGCCGUCCGCAGUAUAAGAAUGAGCAACACCGACUUGGUUACAGAGAUGAAGACACUUACUGGGGAUUUAAUAAACUUUAUGAUCCGCAAUUCUUAACAGCUUAUAGAAGGGAGCACAUACCUUACUACGCAAAUUUGGCUGAAAAAGAAAAGCAAGAGCAGGUAGCCGGUGGGUUAUAUAUUAUACGGUUUGCUGACAGUGGUUAUGACGAUGUUCUGGUUGCUCUUAGACAGCUUCAGCCAAUAAUGAAAGCCAACAGGGGACAUCUCCUCGGAAUUGCCAGAAAACAACACGUGUAUCCACUAGAAGGAGAUCCUGAAUGGUGGUAUUCUAAAGACCAGCAUUAUAGACAUCCUAAAAUACGCGUACCUUACAAGGGUGUUGAAGAGGCGAUUGCAGUGUUCUGGUUCCCGUACAAAGAGAAGGCAAAGGCUUUCUAUGAUAACAACUUCCACAACCGGUUUAGAGACCACAACUUCCCUACCACACGGUCAUUUGAAGGACAUUAUAUUCCACUGCUUACGCCACCAAUACUUAGGGACUUGAACACAUAUCUCGUUAUUGAGUUACUAAAUGCAAAGAGAUAUUACCCAGAAGAUAUGCAGAACUUCCAAGCCAAAGCACAAGAUGCUGUUUUGAAACGUGUCAAUAAUUGCUUACCAUUCGUCGCAUCGGCACUAGAGGGACGAGAGUCGUUUAAACCAGGUCCAUUGUUUGAUAACAGAAGUAAAGUUUUCAUCAGCCGCUUUGACUCGAUGGUGGAUUUGUCAGAGCUAUGGAUGUCGGAAACCAUACAAAGUGAGUUGAUGCGUAAUGGAUUAAAUGGGCCAAGACAUGUGUGGGCAUUUUCUUUAGUGGACUUGGAGGACUAAAUGUUGAUUAUCGAGAUGAGGACUAGAUGUCUAAAUGUUUGUCCUUUAUACAAAAAAAUGCAAAGUGAUAUGAGUAUUUCUGAAAAAAGAGGUGUCCAAAAGAAACUUUGAAAUUGCUCAACUGUUAGUGAUAAAAGUAGUAUUUUACCAUAUACAUAAUAUGCAUAAUAUUCAUUUAUACGUUUUAGAUACUAGAUGGAACAGUUCGCGAGUAUAAUUGAUAAGUGUUUUGUUAUAUUUUAAUAAUUUUUAAUUUUUUCCUAUAUCAAAGAGUGAUACUAUAAGGAACGGGUGGACAAAUCAAUUAAGAAUGUUUAUACAGAUUGACUAAAUGCCUUUAUAUUGUUUUACAUAGUUGCGUAAGCAUAACAUGAUCAAUGGCAAUUUGUUAUCUUAAUUCAUAUACAAGCACGGGUCAUUUUUUCUUUUCUGGAUAGUAUGAAUUACAAGAAAAAUGUACUAGUAAUUUUGAUCACAACUGUCUUGUAAUUUGUUGUGUUUGAAACUAACUUGUGUUGUAUUUUUAUUUUUCAUUUUUUAAGUGUCCUAUUUGUUGACCAUUUCGUACAAACCCCCUCAUAUGUUAGAUCAAUUUUUUUGUCAGCAAUGCAUUUUCAUGCAUUUUUAUCAUCAGUGA